UCCAUCAAAUUUCUCACUAAGUCAUCAACAUAAUCUGAGAGCUGGUCUUCCAAGAACUUAAGAAGAUCAUGGCGAUGGUUGUGGAUGCUUUUGCUGGAAAGCUGGUGGAGAGGCUGGCUAAUGUCAUUGAAGAGAAGGCCAUCAUGGUGUUAGGUGUCAAAGAUGACCUCCAAAGGCUCCGGAGAAGGAUGGAGAGGAUGGCACGUGUGCUCAAGGAUGCGGAGAGAAGAAGGAUACAAGACGAGGCUGUCCAAGGUUGGGUGGAUGAGCUGAAAGAUUUGAUGUACGAUGCUGAGGACAUCAUUGAUCUUUGUAUGAUUCAGGGUAUGCGGCUGUUGCAAGAUGAUGAUCAACAUUCUCAGCCGGCUGAGUCAAGUGCUGCUGCUUCAACACGGGUACGCUGCUGUAACUUUCCUCUGUUCUCUUGUGUGCGCAGUGUCCCAUUUCGGUAUGAGAUUGCUGAUCAAAUUAAGAAUCUCAAUGUUAAGUUAGAAGAGAUAUCUGCGGACAAAGAUAAGUUUAACUUCAUAACUUCUUCUUCUUCUAACUCAAGUGAUGCAUAUGUUGUGAAUCAUCAACCUUCUUCUCGUCAGAGUUCCUCCUUACCUGAACCUGACAUUGUGGGGUGGGAUAUCAGAGAUUCAACCAAGAGUCUUGUUGAAUUAUUGAUCUCUCCUCAUGAACAGAAAUGCCGUCUUUUUGCCAUUGUCGGUAUGGGGGGUAUAGGCAAAACUACACUUGCACGACAAAUUUAUAAUGAUUCAAAGAUAAAUGAUCAUUUUUUGUUACAUUCGUGGAUUUGGGUUUCAAAAUCUUCGACAUCAACGACUGACUUGCUGAAAGAAAUCAUAAGGAAUGUUGGGGAUAGUUAUGGAGAGUCAAUGACAAUCGCUGAGUUACAAAAAAUUCUUUCUAAGGUUCUGCAUGAGAAGAGCUUGUUCUUGGUUUUGGAUGAUGUUUGGGAUGCGAAUGUAUGGAUUGAAUUAAUUGAAAGUUUGUUACAAAUAGCAACAAAAAAAUGUAGAGUCUUGGUUACCACAAGAGAUAGAAAUACUGCUAUGAAAAUGAGGGCAGCUCAUAUCCACAAUGUCAAUAAAUUGUCUUUGGACUUUGGUUGGGAAUUACUCUGUAAAAAAGUUUUCACAAAUAAUGAGGUAAGCGAUAUGCAGAGAUUGAAGGACAUUGGGAUGCAAAUCGUUGAGAAAUGCGAUGGUCUUCCAGUCGCAAUCAAAGCUAUUGCCGGUGUUCUACUAACAAAAGACCGAAAUAAGAGAGAAUGGGAGAAUGUUCUUAAUAGCGAUGCAUGGACUAUUACUGGACUUCCAGAAGAGCUCCGUGGAGCAUUAUAUUUGAGCUAUGAUACUUUACCUUCUGCUCUUAAACAAUGUUUCCUCUAUUGUUCUCUUCAACGUCAUGAAUUUCAGCGUGAAGAAGUUAUUCAUGAAUGGAUUGCAGAAGGUUUUAUAAAACCAAGUGGAAAUGCAUCGAUGGAGGAUAUUGCUAAAGACUAUUACAUGGAAUUAAUUAGGAGGAGUUUCUUACAACCUAAUCUAGACUAUGUCGAUAUGUCCGAAUGCACAAUGCAUGAUUUGUUGAGAGGUCUUGCUCAGGCUUUAGCAGGCAAUGAAAACUUUUUAGGAGAUCCACAAGAUGCACGAAACACUAAUUCAAUUAAAAAGGUACGACGUCUGACAGUGUCAAGUGAAAGGGACAACGUGAUUAUUGAACAUCUUGAUUCCCUUAGAAGAUUAUCAUUAUUGACCCCUCCAAAUUUGAACACAUCAGUGAUUGGAAGCCUCAAGCAUUUGCGCCUAUUAAUCCUCAAUGGUGACAGGAUUGAGAAUAUCCCCGAUAGUAUUGGGGAUUUAGUACACUUGAGGCUUCUUGAUUUAUACAAUACAAGGAUAUGCGAACUACCAGAAUUUUUGGGAAACCUCAUUAACUUACAAUCCUUGGUGCUAAGCUAUUGUGAAUCUUUGCACAUCCUUCCUAGAAGCAUAACUAAGCUAUGCAGUUUGAGGAGGUUCGUUCUUCACCACACGCCUUUGAAUUAUGUGCCCAAAGGAAUAGGCAAGUUGGAACAUCUUAAUUCUUUGUCAGGAUUUAUCAUAGGAAACAAUGGUAUUAAUGAAGGAGUGGGAUGUGACCUAGAAGAACUGCAAAUGCUUGAAAAUCUCAGUUUUCUUGACAUAAAGAACUUGGAGAAAGCAAGAGGUAAAAGUGCUUUAGUGCUCUCAAACAAGCCUAGCCUUAGAGAAUUGCAUCUAUGUUGCACACGCAAUAUUAGUGGACAUGUUCAACAGCAAGAGAUGGACAAGAUUGUACAAGUCUUUGAUCAGUUAUCCCCUUCAACAAGCCUUGUUGAUUUAGCAAUUGCAGAUUAUUUUGGGCUCGAUAUCCAAAGUGGAUGACACCCACUUCAAUUAGUCCUGCUUUUCUUGAAUUAACUUAUUUGAAACUUAUAAAUUGCUCCAACUGCCCUCAGUUUCCCCCACUUGGCCAACUACCUCAGCUCAAGUAUCUGAAGAUUAAAGGAGCAACUGCAGUAGAUACGAUCGGUCCUGAAUUUCUAGGAAAUGGUGAACCUGCUGAAAGUGCCUUCCCCAAGCUUCAAUACUUAGAAUUCAGCGACAUGAGUAAUUGGGAGGAAUGGUCACUGAUCAGUGGAGAAGAAGACAACAAGCUUGAAUCUAGCAAUCUAUUGCUCUUCCCCCAUCUCAAGACAAUUGUCAUUAACAACUGUCCCAAACUUAAAGCUCUUCCAAGAGGCUUGAAUCUCAUCCAGGAAUUGUCAAUUGUAAGAGCUCACAACCUUUCAAGGCUCUCUAAUCUCAGUGCCUUGAGAGAAUUGGCAGUUAUCAAUUGCCCAAUGCUGAAGUGUGUCGAGAAGCUUGAAUCUCUGAAGAAGUUGAAAAUGGUUGGUACAGCUGGCAAGAGUCUUCCUGAGUGGCUGAUUUCUUUCAUCCAACAACACGAAAAGCUUCACGAUAAUCAAUUCUACUUGCAGUUGAUGUUCAGUGCCCAAGAAUUGAAGGGAUGUUUGAAAGGGCAUCCCAACUGGGUUUUCCUCCAGCAAGUGCCUCGCUUGGAAGCAUAUGCAGAGAACAAAAGUAUGUAUUUAAAGUACACCAAGGAUCCAUUUUCCUACCAAACCAACGUUGAUGAAGAUAUCAACUGAUGAAGACGGGGAUGAAAGCCUGAAGUUUAAUGAGAUGCAGACAUGCAUGACUGGAGGAAUGGUGGUAAACAUGUUUACAAAAAGAAAAUGUGAUACCAUGACUGACCUGCACACUAGUUUGAGAUUUCAAAUUACAUGGCUUCAAUUUGAGUUGAUGGUUUAUGCGGAUCAUGAAUUCCAUAUCCGUUCUUGCAAGAGCACAGAGAAGCAUGCUGCCAUGCUUUGGAGUUUCUUUCCUUCAUCAUGCUUUUUUUAAUUUUCAAUAUAUCUGGGAGUGGGAUAUUUAGUAGAAUGUCUGAAAAUACAAUGGAGCACGAUAAGACAUGUCUCUAAUUCUGCAUGAAGCUCUAAAGAUCUAUGUGGAUAUGCUGGGUGAGCAAUGGCGUAACCAUCUGCUACAAUUCAGACUGACGAAAUUGAUUCAUUCACAAACUUCAUCUAUUCGCACAAUUCCAACUCCUUCAGAAUCAGUGAACUAAUGAACCAAUCUUGGAGCCUGGAUUCUAGCUCAACAAUGAACAGAUUCAUGCGGAAGAUUUCAUAGAUGUGACAACAUGAGAACUUGCAAGCAUAUUGAAUUCUUAUUCAACCGAGUUACGUUAUUGAUUUUAACGGGAGGACCAAAAAAGGAUGGGUUUACAUAUUUGUCUGGCGGGGACUUGAUGAAUGAACCUCAAAAUUGUUUGAGAAUGUUCUCUGAUCUUGCAAGGCAGGCAUGAGCAAUUAAAGACACAACAAAGGGAUCAAAAUGUUCUUACUCAAAUUAACCGUUGUCCUCUGCUUUCCACCAUUACCAACAAAAAGAUGCAUCAAGAGCACUUGCGAAAAAGUUUGGGGUGUUACAGUUCUUGAAUUAAUUUCCUUCUUUGAUUUUUUUUUUUUUUCUGAAUAGUUUGCUAAAGUUUCUCAGUGAUUAAAGUACAUAUCAAAAAAUGUAGUGGAGCAUGAUGAGGAUCAUUCUCUCAGUGUAUGCUACUCUGACAAAGCUUUGGGGGGACUUCUAUGUUUUUG